AUGAAGAGAGCUACAUUUUUCAAAUCGGCUACUCCCUCGAGUCCGGCGCAAGCCACGGUCAAGCCAAGUCGCCAGUCGAUCCGCGGCCGCAUCUCGGCACCAAUUCCUUUCCCCGACCCGCUCGAAACACCGGCAUCAAGUGAGAUUGCAGCUGCAACUCCAGCACCGGUCCCAGUUCAGGAGGUCACUGUACCGGAUCCAGACUCCGCUUUGCCUACUCCGCCACCACCGCCAACCCGUGCUUCGCCGCCGCCGCCGCCCGUUGUCAGCGCGUUUUCCGAAGACCUGGAGAACUCCGAGGUUGAAAUGUCAGCAGAUGAAGCUGCUGAUGAAGACGCUGAUGAAGGCGCUGACGAAGACGAAGGUGCAGGCGCAGGUGCAGAGGCGACUUCGGACGCGGAAGAAGGAGAGGCGAAGGAAGAGGGUCAUGUAGAAGGGGAGGGAAAAGAAGUCGCAGAAGCUGGCGAAGGUGGAGCUUCGAUCACGGAGCUCGAAGGAGCCACUGGUUCUGAGCCCACAGAAGAUGAUGUCGACCAGGGCGACGGUGAAGCGGCGGACUCUGCAGAGCCAAUGCCAUCGUUACAAUCCCCGAAAGUCAGACCAGCUGCCGCUUACACAAUCGGGCACAGACGGAUACCGACGGCCGAUCUCUCGUCACGGCCACAACAGCUGCAACAACCGCAGCUUCCGCUCCCGGACCCCACAGCACCCCCACCGUCGUCACAGAGCCAGCCACGGCUCCAGUACAAUCUUCCACAAGAUCAGCCGAGCUCAUUCAAGCAACCUGCGCAGUCGUCAGGCUCAAGUCCACCCCCUCUCAGUGCCGGGCCAAGUGCCGUGUCCAGCACUCGAGCAAGUGGCACCGUGAGCGCUGCCAACUCGGCUUCGUCGCCAGCCUUCCGCCACCGCACAAACCCGUCCAGCACGCUGCGAUACUCGGGUGCCAGCGGCAUGUCAUCUGGCGGCGCCGGUACCAGUGCUGGAAACACAGUGAGCGGCAGCCCGAAGAGGAAGAAGUCAACGCUGCGUGGCGCGUUCAGUAAGCUGUUUAGUCGCCGCAAGAAAACCGACAGCCAGAUUUUGCCAACCAUUGCCGCAGAUCCUGACAACAACACACAUGAUAUGGACGAUUCCCAACAGGGCUUCCAAUAUCGACAACAGCAGCAACAGCAACAGCAACAGCAGCAGCGGCAGCAGCAGCAGCAGCAGCAGCCCGCAUUGCAACACCGUAGUGUGCGGUCCGACCCCACGGUGCUCGGUCGGCCGCGGGACAGCGAACCGAAACGCUCAGCCUCACUUCUUAUUACAGAGUACGACCGUGCCCUCCGAUCGCACUCCAUCGGCCCCGACGAGAUCCUGGCCAUGGAUAGCGCACGGAACUCUCUCCAGGUCGACUGUGGACCCGAUGAAAAUGCAGGAAUGGAGGACAGCAGCGGUGGCCGCCGCCGUGAUACAACAUCGGCCCACCGCCCUUUCUUCUCACAACAAAGUAAGGCUGGACGGCGACGCUUCAACAACAAGAGCGAGACGUAUGCCAACAUUCUGAGUGGCAGCGGGUGGACAGGUCUUUCUCCACGGCCGGCCAGUGCACAAGGCCGUAAGAGCCAAAAACGCCUGUCCGGCUCGGAUAUUGUCAGUGGAAGCGCCAGCAGUGCUCUUGGUCGCAACUGGGUCACAGGCGGUGCCGGUGGCUCUGGAAGCGGCGGAUUGGGCCUGUGCACGGGCACGGGGUUCAGCUUGUUUGGCGCUGCCGGCGUUGCUGGUCGCAAUGGAGGUGGUGCCGCCGCUGACCCCAACGAGAUCGGUCGCGCCAUUACGUCCAACGGCCGGGACAGCCUGGACGCCAACAACGAUGUCAGCAGCAGACGGCGGUCCCGGUCGCUUUCGAAUCUGCACGCCUUGUCGUUUGACCAGGGUCAGGCUCGUGGCCGCAACGACGAGAUCCGGUACUGGCGCGAGAGCUAUGACCCAGCCUUCCUGUCGCCGCUGUCAUCGACCCACGAUACGGGCAACGAUCGGGACGAAGAUGACGAUGAGGACAGACCGAGUGCUGGGACGGGGUAUCAGGGCGACGUCCGCGGUGUACGCGACAAGCAACAUGGCACGGACGGUGCUGCCUUCCACGGCGGCGACGAUGAUCUGACCGGCAACCUGUCCCUCCUGCAAAGCCUGCCGGACUCGCCGAUUGAUUCUCCCAGUGAGCAAGACGGCGAGCGCCAGAAGGGAACGAAGCAGCCGGCGACGGCGUCUCCUCAGCCGUUUUCAUUUGGAAACCUGUCCAGCAUUGGCACGGGACCGAUGAAGAUCACGCAGGCCAAUAGCAUGGACUCUCGCAUUGGCGGUCUCGAGACGCGCAUGCAUCGCAUGGAGCGCGUGGUCGACCAGCUGUGCCACACGGUCCCCGGGUACAAAGGCAGAGAGACGUCGGAUGCAAGUGCAGAGCAGGUUCCACGAUCGGUGCCUCCGUUCCCUGACGACUUUAGCGGACCUCCGGCGAUUCCACCGAUCCCAGCCAUCUACCAGGCGCAGGCGGCCACGCCGUUUGCGUCGUCUUCGCGCUACAGCAGCAGCCGUCGGUCGGAGCAUUCGGUGGACUCGUUCGACUCGGACCUGCAGCAGUCGCACAUGUCGUUUGGCGAUGGACAGACGUACAUCGGGUCGCUGCACCCACCAUCCAGCUCGGCUACACAGGCGCAGUCCAUCAUGGCCCCCGUCGGCGGUGCUGGCGCGCCCCUCGCACCGACUGGUGGCAGCCACUCGCCUGCUCUGCGGCCGACAUCGACAUCGACUGUCCGCGGUGCGACGAGCCUGCCGCAGCUGAAUGCCGCCAACGACGGCAGCACGGCGGAGCUCAUGGCGCAGCUCGAGUCGGAGCGCGCGGUGCGGCAGACGCUGGAGACGCAGGUCAAGAAGCUCAACGAGCGCGUGAACGCUCUGUCGACGACCAUGUACGCGAUGCUGCGCGAUCCGGCGGCUGCCAAGCCUCGCGCCAGCCGGGAGGCGCUGGCUGCGGCGCCCAGCUCCAGCAGCCUCCGGGGUCAGUCGGCAGCGGCCUCGGCAGCGGCGGCCGCUGCACAGCUCAAGGCCGAGUCGGUACUGCAAACGGCCAAGGCGCUCGGGCACGGCGUGUCGUCGCUGUCGGCGGACGAGGAGACGGAGUCGGAAGGCGGCUUCCAGACGCCUCUGGACGGCCACUACAACUACAACAACUACGGCGACGACAACGCGCACGACACGGCCACGGGCAAGGCGGAUGAGGCGACGCGCAAGAAGAAGGCGGCACGGACGCUGAGUCUGGGACAGCUGACGCUGGGCAAGAGCGCCGUGCAGGCAUGA